CUCGCUUCUUGGUUCGGCUGAGAAGCAGCUGCUAGCUCAAGAUUCGGAAAGCAAAGGGAAAAGGAUAUACAUAUAAAUAAAUAUUCAAAAUAGGUGGAAGCAGUUUCAUAGACUGCAGCGCUACGUGUCGGAAAAUCGACUUCAAUUGAAAUGACUAUCUUGUGCUGACAUUGACCAGUUGAAGUUUGAUUGAACUGAUUAGAAUAUAAUCCUUUGGAUGUGAGGCUUAAAUGGGUCCAGUUAUUGGCAUGUCUCCAACGAAGAAAACUGAGACCCCAGGAAUAGGGGAGACUUGCAGUUUGAAUUCAAGUUGCCCCAUUGACAGUUUGCCAGACAUGGCUGGUGCAACAAGCAUGAAAGCCAUUUCUGCAAACAAAGGAAUAAUGGAUGAUGAAGAGCUCACAAACCUGAACUGGCUUCAUGAAAAUAAAAAUCUCCUAAAAAACUUCAGCCUGGGUAAUGAGGUGCUUCGCAGUGUUAGUCCUACACGUGACAUCACUGAAGAAGAUUCUAUGUCUUCACCUCUUUCAGAUUCUCUGAACAAUGACCAGCGCGGAUUAAACUCCAAGCCUCCAUAUUCUUUCAGCUGCCUUAUUUUUAUGGCAAUUGAACACUCGGCCAGAAAAUGCCUUCCAGUUAAGGAUAUUUAUAAUUGGAUAUUGGAACGUUUCCCAUAUUUUACCAAUGCACCUACUGGUUGGAAGAACUCUGUUAGGCACAAUCUUUCCUUGAACAAAUGUUUCCGGAAGGUGGAGAAAGACCAUGGCAAGACUGUUGGGAAGGGUUCACUGUGGUGUGUAGACCCACAGUACAGGCCAAACCUCAUUCAAGCCCUAAUGAAGACUCCAUAUUAUUCAACAACACAAGUCUUUUACACACCGCCAGCCUCGCCUCCAAGGUAAGUGCCUAGUUCCUGUCAGCUUUCUU